AUGGCGGGUGCCUUGGCCAAGAACGACCGCGUUGGCGAGUUCGAUCUUGUCAUUCGCGCGGACAUUCACGGCAUCAUCUUGAUCAAGAAUGCCAACCCAAGGUUAGGCCGCGAGAUGACAGUCUACAAACAGGACCUGGGCAAGAAUCCGGCGACAGGUGAUGAGUGGUACACGGUGGAUUGGGGUGAGACGGCCAAGCAAGCCGAAGCCAGCGGCGUCCCUAGGGCCAAAAGAAAGAUUAAAGAUUUCAUCAGCAAGUUUUAUGGCGCGGACGACACGGAGGCCAAGGCGGCGAGGGAGCACUAUCAGGUCAUCAAGUCGUACAAGCGGGUGGCAGAUACCAGUGUCAAGUGUCGGGCGAGGUAG